UACAUGUUUUGAUUACCAAAAAAAAUGGUAGGCUGCAUAUGACAUUUUGAAAGGACCUUGACCGAGUCUUAUCACCUAAUAAAACCGAAUUUACAUCUACCACACAAAAAUAACGAAUUUUUACAUGUUUAUUUUGGGUAUAAAAGGAACCUAAUUUUAUUGCCCCCUUUAGCACCAAGUGAAUUGUCAAAAAUGGCGAAGAACGUGGCCGCCACCACCCUCUUCAUGGCAGCCGUUCUCUGCUUCUCUUCCCUAGUCUCUGCCUCUGCCCGUGCACCCGCCUCCACCCCUGCCCGUGCCCCUGCCUCCGCCCCUGUCUCCAACGACAUCUUGUACGUAGAGGGCAGAGUCUAUUGUGACACAUGCCGCGUCCAAUUCGAGACCAAACUCACCGAGUACAUGGAAGCUGCGAGUGUGCGCUUGCAAUGCAGGAACAGAACAUCAGAUAAAAUUACCUAUACUUUCGAGGAACUGACGGACAGCAAUGGGAUUUAUCAUAUCCCGGUUGAGGGUGAUCACGAGGAGGAAAUAUGCGAGGUUAAACUGCUGAAAAGUUCGAGGGACGAUUGUUCAGAGAGAGCGACGAGAAGGCUGACUGGCAGAGUCCUCAUCACCAAGAAUGUUGGUGUGGCCACGCCUAUUCGUUAUGCCAAUUCUUUGGGGUUCAUGAAGAAGGAACCUCUUCCUGGGUGCACUCAAGAGCUUCAACGCAUGGGUUUCCUUCCUUUAGACUAAAAUGUAACUUCUUUAUAUAAGAAGCAUGCAAUCCUCAUAAUUCAAUAAAUAAAUGAAGUUACCUACAAUGUGGUUUUGUU